AUGUCCCAUUGGAUGGACAUUAUCAUUGAAGCAGCUACAGCUCCAGCUUGUUUGAAAGUUGCUGGAAAUGGUAAACUCUUGCGGGAUAAUUUUGAAGUCCCUGCAACUGACUGUGAGCUGUGUGCUUUGGGAAACACAGGUUUCUCAAAUGGAAAACACUAUUGGGAGGUGGGGUUACAAAUGCCAAAUGUUCCAGUGAAGAAGUUCUGGUGGGCUGGAGUGGCAACAGACUCAGCAGUGAAGACGAUGAGGGAGAAGAAAUCCACACCAACUAGUGGCAUGUGGUGCCUCUACUCAGAUGACAAGAGUGGAGUCCAUACCAAAUCAGGAUCUUCUCACUACAUUUAUAGGGCACAGAGACCUGAGGUACUAGGCAUCUUCCUGGAUUACGACGAGGGCCGUCUGUCCUUCUACGAUACAAAAUUGGGCCAACAUCUUGUCACCCUGAAGUCUAGCUUCAAUGAAACUGUGUACCCUCUUUUCAAUCCGGGCCAAGGAGAUGAGGGACCACUUAAGAUUUUGUCUUUGCCUCAAACUAAACCUAAACCCAAUGAUGAUGUGUUAAAUAACGCCUGAUUCGACUCUCAACACAAACAUAU